GUUUGUGUCCUUUUGAGGAAAAGGGAUCUCUACCUGCAGAGACCAGAUUGAUUAAUUGAUAACUGAAUCAUUGCAGCCGGUGGUGAACAAUCUUCACAAAUGCACUGCAGUCAUUAUUUUUCCACCCCUGUGUGGCUUUUUCUUCUGUAUCAAGGAAAAUUUAUCUUGGGUCACAAAGUUGACACCACAGACUAUCGGGUCACACCAUCACUGCCUGGGUUUGGAAAUCUCACCAAGGGAUACAAUAGAUAUCUCAGGCCAAAUUUUGGUGGAGCGCCUGUGGUGAUAGCAAUGAGCCUUAAUGUCGCAAGUAUUUCCAGCAUCUCUGAGAGUGAUAUGGACUACACAGCAACAAUAUAUUUGCGACAACGUUGGACAGAUUCCCGUCUGGUAUUUCAGGGGAACAAAAGUUUUACACUGGAUGCCCGGCUAGUUAAAUACCUAUGGGUGCCUGACACAUAUAUUGUGGAGUCAAAAAAGUCUUUUUUACAUGAGGUCACCGCAGAGAAUCGGCUUAUACGACUGUUCUCCAAUGGCACCGUCUUGUAUGCCUUGCGGAUCACAACCACAGUUGCAUGUAACAUGGACUUGUCAAAAUAUCCUCUGGAUACUCAGACGUGUAAAUUGCAAAUGGAAAGCUGGGGAUAUGAUGAAAAUGAUGUGCUGUUCACAUGGUUGAGGGGGAAUGAUUCCGUCUAUGGCCUUGAGAACUUGCGACUAUCCCAGUACACAGUGGAGCGUUAUUGCACCCUUUCAACAAUGUCCCAUCAGGAAACAGGCAAUUACCCAAGACUAGUGUUGCAGUUUGAACUCAAGAGAAAUAUCCUUUAUUUCAUUCUGGAGACGUAUGUGCCGUCUACGUUACUGGUUGUUCUAUCUUGGGUUUCUUUCUGGAUCACCCUGGAUUCAGUUCCUGCAAGAACAUGUAUUGGAGUAACAACUGUAUUGUCAAUGACCACUCUGAUGAUGGGCAGUCGUAACUCAGCAACGAAGACCAAUGGUUUUAUUAAAGCCAUUGAUAUUUACCUAGGCAUUUGCUUCAGCUUUAUAUUUGGUGCUUUGGUGGAAUAUGCAGUCGCGCACUAUAUCAUGUCUCAAAAAUAUGCAUCCAAUAAACCUCAAAAGGGUUCACCAGAUGAUGUUUGCACAGAAAACGAGGAUGUCACUAUCACCAACAUCCUGAAUACUUCUGUCACCAGCUACAAUCAAAAGAUAAACUUCUCUGCCAUUGAUAAUGUCAACUAUGGUGGCUUAACCAUGACUCCAAAGGACAAAAUGAGAGUCAUCUUGAAGAACAAAAUGCACAAAGUCAUUGACUCUCUCACCAUUCAGAAUCCAUGCAACAUUGAUCACUAUUCAAAACUGCUAUUUCCCUCUUUUUUUGUAGUAGUUAAUUUGGUAUACUGGGCUUAUUAUCUGAUGUUUUAGGAAAGUGUCUCAAAGAAUAGUAUUUGUCAGUCUAUCAGUACAGCAUACACAGAAGUUCAUUUUUCAACAAGUGUCAGUAUUUCAGUGGAUGCAGUAUGUGCCAGAUGAUUUCCUUUUGGCAGGACAUCUAGAGCUGCUGAUGUGACCCCUUGUAGAAUGAAGGGACUUUGGGGACAGCCUUGCCUAUGUUUUUUCUCUGGCACUUCAAAUGUUGAUGUGUAUUACUGUGUGUGGCUGCAUUGCCACAUUCAGGAUUUGUCCCAAACCCAGCACUAACAGGGUUGUGCCAAAAGCAAAGUCUAAUAUGUGGCAGGGCAUGGGUGGUGAUCUGCUGGCUGCAGUAGUGUGGUGGCAAAUUCCAAGUGAACAUCAUGUCAGGCUCCGUAGCCAUGCUGUCAAGGGAGAACCCAAAAAUGUAAACAUCUGUGGCCUUCCAUAUCAAUUAAUUUAUUCUUCCCCAGGAGCAAGGCUUUUGUAAAUCUAAUGGGUCUUCACUGUCCAAUCAUGGCUAAGGCAACCAGAAUUGCUUUGCAUUACAACAGGGACAGGUUGCAACAAUAUUUUGUUACUAGAAAAACCCAUUCCUUACCCAAGUGCAGCAUCUGUGAGGAUUGUAGCUGAAGACAAAGGGAACAGGAACACUAGACUGAGGUGUCAGAGAUGAUAUUAUCAUCAUCUCUGCUGAAUAAAAAGUUCUAAUCCUGUGAACCUGUUUCCACUAUACCUCUGGCUGGUAGUGGGGACAAAGCAGGUUAGGAGUCAACAAAGGUAAGACUCUUCUUGUGUUGUUGUCAUUACAUGCUAAAGCAAUCAG